AUGUCCAGCAACGUAAGUCCUGACCAAGCCACGCCUGGGGUGCCGAGCUCGCGACCACUCUCAAUAAAUCACCCCGACCCCGAAACACUGCGCGACAUCAUCGCCAAUGACCACUUUGGCGGCGAAAUGCCACCCUCCGUAGUCGAAGCGUGGGUGAUGGCCCUACAGCCUGGUAGCCGUGUGCCGUUGCCACCCAACGUGAAAGGAUUCUACGGUGGAGACCUCAGGGCUUCCAUGCCUAUUGAAAUUGCCCGCGGCUCGUAUAAGUUCAUCACACACGAGACUGCAGAUAAAGAGAAGAUCGCCAAGUACUCUGGGCGUAUGUUGAUGGCUUUAUCGAUUGUUGAUCUCGACAAGGUGUCGCGGGAGGACCCAACAACUGGCGUGCUCAUAUUAUGGCAUAAGACUCUCGCGCUCGUGAGACUGCCCGACGCAGCUGGUGAGUUGCUACAAACAUUCAAACAGUAUGAAGAGCUUCGACCCAAAUCCUCCCUGCCGGACAGCAAAUUGCCACUACCAGACCGCCUAAAGGCUCGACUUCUGAACAUUGCUGGGGAACUUGGAAAUUCGGCAGCCACGCAGUUACUCUCAACAUGGCAGUAG